AUGGCAGCAGCACGGGCAGCUCUUAGUUUUGUGGAAAAAGCAAUCAAGAGCCACAACGUAGUAGUUUUCUCUAAGACAACUUGUCCUUUUUGCAUAAUGGCAAAGCAAACUUUAUCGGAAGCCGGCAUUCAGAAGAUGCAAGUUUACGAAAUUGAAACAAGGGAAGACGGUGCAGAUAUCCAGGUAGAAGUGUAAAAUUAAUAACAGCCUAAGUUUCGAUGCGGAAAGAUUUCCUUACAACCAAAUACUAUUAUAAAACGAAACCUGACGGCUCUAAACGCCAGCUGUAUCAUGAUAGUUUUUUUUCGCCGGUUUUUUUUUUUUAUUAUUAUGUAAACCUCUAACUCCUAAGAUCUCAUUCGUAAUUCUCGUGGUAAAAUUUCCGCACAGCCCCAUACUACAUUAUGCAUUCAGUUCUUGGAUUGAGAAAACAACGACAAAAACAAUACAUUGUCCUUGGGAAAACGGAGCGGAGUUUUACUCAUUCUCCUUACUGUCUGCCAUACAGAUCUUUUUAUGUUAGUUUGGAGAAUUUGGUAUUGGAUCAAGUUAUAUUAAUCCCCUAAUAAAUAUUUUUCUUUAUUCUCAUCGCUUGUCCGCUUGACAGUGUAUUCAUAUUGUAAGGAAAAAUUCUGUCUUGGUCACUCACGGGAGUUAAAGGGUUCAUUAAGAACUGUGUUCUUAGUGAAGUAUAGGGUUCAAUAGAAGUCUUUCUGAUGAUGCCAGGCCUACAUUCGUGAGCCAUUUUUCCAGUAAUCAUUGAGAACUGUGUUCCUAGUAAAGUAUUGGGUUCAACAGAAAUCUUUCUGAUGAUACAUAUUCAUGAGCCAUUUUCCAUUAUUUUUUUUCAUUAUUGAUUUUUUUUUUUACUACAAUUUUUGUAGACUGCAGAUACCAGGUCUCUUUCCCCCCAACCAUGUACACGUCACAUGCUUCUUCAUCAAUUUUAAUUCCCCUUGAUUUAAUGCCAUAAAUAUUAGUGCAGUGUACACUCCACCUUAUGGUGACCAUGGCUCAGUUUGAGUGUUAUGAAUGUAAACAACCACUACUUGCCAUCCUUUAUCCCCCCCCCUCCCCCUUCUGUGUAACCAAACUAAUUUUUGAGAACUCAAAAGCCUUUUUUUGUCUCCUGUCUCAAAACAUUAUUUAUACAGCAAAUCAGCAUAAGGGCUUGAUUAUUUGAGAUCUUGCUAAACUUGGUUUUUGUUUUCAAACCAUGACUGUUAGCUUUUAAAAUAGUUUUUUUUUCUCAGUUAUCUAAAAUGUAGAUUCUGUAUUUGUCUGCAUGCUAGUAUGAACUCCCCUUUACAGAAAAAACAAGUACUCUCCAUGUUGGAAAUGAUCUUCCAGAUGAUUUUCUAAUUUAUCGGGAACUGUUCUUUUUUUAGGAAGCUUUGAAAAGUUUAACAGGAAGAAGCACAGUGCCAAAUGUUUUUAUUAAGGGCACAAGUAUUGGUGGCGGGUCAGAGACUGCAGAAUUAUACCAGUCAGGACAACUCACAGAAAUGUUACAAGAACAAGGAAUAAUUAAGUGA